AUGUUGAAGCUCACACAAGGCAACUACGACGAGAUGAUUGCUGGAAAAACGAUGCACGACCUUCCAAAGACAUUUCGUGACGCCAUCUGUCUCUGCCGCUUCCUCAAGAUACAGUAUCUCUGGAUAGACUCAUUGUGUAUCAUACAAGACUCCGUUGGCGGGGAGGACUGGAUUAGAGAGAGCAGCAAGAUGGCACAGGUGUAUCAAUACUCGUAUUGCAAUAUCGCGGCUACCGCAUCUCAAGGACCCUCUGGUGGCUGCUUCUUCAAGCGCAAUAACAUGGCAAUCUCUCCUAUUGAGAUAACGCUGUGCGUGCCCCCUGCAUGCGACAACGAGGCACAAACGUCCGACCUAGACUGGUCUACCGAUACGAACUCGGAGACAGAUUCAGGCACGGAUGAGAACCAUGCACACGCAAGCCCUGCGAACACAAGCCCUUCGGCCUCAUCGUCUGUCUCGCUUGGUGAGACCUAUUUGUUCUACGCAACAGAAAUGUGGGGGGUCGGCGUCGAGUCUGCGCCACUGAACCAGAGAGCCUGGGUGCUGCAAGAGCGCUUGCUGUCUCCAAGGCAGCUUCACUGCUCAAGCCAGCAGCUCAUGUGGGAAUGCCACGAAGCGUCGGCCGCAGAAGCAUUUCCUGUCAAACUGCCUUCACAACAUCCUCGUGCCAUUGAGACACCUUCUUUGAAAAUGAAGAGCUUGAAGAAUGUCCUGAUGGAGAUGGACAGGCUGAGAGCGGAGGCACAGCGAAAAGAAUUGCAUCUUCUUAGCUACUGUCAGCGAACAGUUGAUUCUGGCCACCUGCAUGGGAGGUCGCCGAAGGUUGCUCACUCAUCCACAACGGCACCUUGCAUGAUAUACAAGCGCAACAACACCGCAGUCAACGUUCGUUUAAUCGACAGAUCUCGGCGAGAACUGACUCGGAGAGAACAGCACGGGUACAUUUUUGCACGGAUGCGGAACGCUGUCGAAUAUAGACGUGACGAAGUAUAUGAGUGUUGGUACUCAAUCGUUGGGCUGUAUUCCUCGUGUUCUAUAACCUACGCCACGGACAAGCUGAUAGCUAUUGAUGGAGUGGCAACUAUCAUUGGAAAUGCGCUACAAGGCAUUGAUAUCUACGCAUUUGGUCUAUGGGUCUCGCAGCUGCCCUACCAGGUUCUCUGGUCGGUACGGAAGGGAGACGACCUUAAGGAGCCCUGCUACCAAGUUGCCCCUUCUUGGAGUUGGGCUUCUGUGCAAACGGCAGUCGAUGGCCCUAUGCCACGCUCUAGCGAGUUAGUCGCCGAAACCAAAGUCGUUGCCAAUUUUCUUGAGAUGCGCCACGGGGAACCGUAUUCGGGCAACGCGGAAACUGGCAUGUUCGAUCCGGAAAAACACGCAUACCUCCAAAUCCGAUCUAUUUUUUACAAGAUACGCCCUUCUCUCCCCGAGUCGGGUGGCGGUCCUGACUACGUCCUUCUGUGCCCGUGCAAGCUCGACAACAAGGACAACCACCGAAGAGCUGCACAAGAAGGACAGGUGGCAAAGAUACACAACCAGCACUACGGAAUCUCGCUAAACAACACUCAUGGUAGCGUUCUUUGGAAGAGUGCAUAUCUAGCUCCAAUCAUUGCAACUACUGGUACAUCGCCCGAAGCUUGCGGCCUCGUUCUAGUUCCCUGCCCAAACGAUCCAAGCACCUUUAGGAGAAUCGGACACUGGACAAGCUUCAUGUUCCAAGAUUUGGCUCGUGAAAAUCAUUCAGUUUCGGAUCACUCCCGGAUCAGUGCCACUGAUGAAGACAGGUUUUUGUCUAGUUUGGCUGCGACGACAGAGGAUGAAAAGUGCACGGUGUUCAUCAUAUAG